GAUAGAUACGAUGAAGCCGGCGAGCAAGAAGAUAAAGAUCGAAAAGAUUGACAACUUGCCGGCGAGGCAAGUGACGUAUUCGAAGAGGAGAAGAGGGCUUCUGAAGAAAGCUAGCGAGCUUUCAAUUCUCUGUGAUUGUGAGUUUUCUGUCAUCAUCUUUUCUGCUACUGGCAAGCUCUGUGAGUCCUCCAGCUCCAGUUUAUAUAUACAUAUAUCCACAUAUAUAUUAAUGGAAGAUUUUGCUCCUCAAGAUUGCAGUACGAAGGAUAUCAUCGCGAGGUAUCAAUCGCACACGGACAAGGUGGAAAACUUUGACCAGUCAACUCGUGAACUCCAGCUUCAUUGCAUCAACUUGAAUAAGGAACUUGCGGACAAGAGCCGCGUGCUAAGGCAGAUGAAUGGAGAGGAUCUUGAAGGGCUGAACAUAGAUGAGUUGCAGAGAUUGGAGAAAGAUAUUGAAGGAAGUCUUGCCCGUGUGCUUCAAACUAAGGAUGAAAAGUUUUUCAGUGAAAUUCUAGCACUUGAGGCAAAGGGAACUGAAUUGGAACAAGAGAAUAACCAAUUGAGGCGGGAGGUAGCGAUGUUGUCCGAUGGAAAUGGUGUCAUCUUGUCAGAUAUCUCGCCUGCUGAAGGAGGUUCCGUAUCAGAGUCCGACACUGAUGCUUACAGCUGCUUUUCUACUGGUUCUUCUGUAGAUGAUGACUCUGGCGCUGACACUUUAUCUCUCAAACUUGGGCUUCCGUAAAGUGGCUAAAACUGGGGAGAUUCAGAAGGUGAAUGUAUAUAUAGUAUGGUUUAGAUAUUUGUAAUAAAAGUACUUAGAGAUGCCAUGCAGGUUAUUGUAUAUAUGUAUGUAUUCGAUCAUUUUGUGUGUAGAUGGGAAGACAUGGCUAGUAGUGUGAGUAUCUUGCCAAUGCAUUUAAUUGGAUGGAUAAGAUGUAGCAUCCAAUAUGGAACCAUUAGAACUAAAUGAUUGUAAACCUUUUCUCAAAGGUUAUUGUAUGAAAAGGAAAAACUGCUAAAAAUCAAGGUCAUGAUAAAAACUUGAAGAAC